UUUUUAGUCAUAUUUCGGUUUUUCUGCGCAACGGUCGCUUUCGGCUUGGCAAUCGCCUGCGUCAUCUACACGCUCCACACAAUGGGCUGGAUUUUUGCUGUGCUCGUCGCACUGGUCGCCCUGCUGCUGACGAAACCCGGAUGGCGCUGGUUCUACAUAGCGGGCGCCACCGCUAGUCGCGAUCUGACAGCUCUGUGGGCUUAUAUCAAGCUCCUGAGGUACACGAAACGCCAUGAGCGCCUCAACUGCACUGUUGCGGAAGUCUUCGAGCGGAAUGUCCGAAUUCAUCCGGAAAAGGUGGCCGUGGUCAGCGAGACGCAGCGCUGGACCUUCCGCCAGGUGAACGAGCACUCCAACAAGGUGGCCAACGUGCUGCAGGCCCAAGGCUACAAGAAGGGCGAUGUGGUGGCCCUGCUGCUGGAGAACCGCGCCGAGUACGUGGCCACCUGGCUGGGUCUCUCCAAGAUCGGCGUGAUCACUCCGCUGAUCAACACGAACCUGCGCGGUCCUUCCCUGCUGCACAGCAUCACGGUGGCCCACUGCACGGCCCUCAUCUACGGCGAGGACUUCCUGGAAGCUGUUUCCGAGGUGGCCAAGGACCUGCCCGAAGGCCUCACCCUCUUCCAGUUCAACAAUGAGAACAACAACAGCCAGACCGAGAAGAACAUCCCGCAGGCCAAGAACCUGAACGCUCUGCUCACCACCGCCAGCAGUGAGAAGCCCAACAAGACGCAGGUGAACCACCACGACAAGCUGGUCUACAUCUACACCUCUGGCACUACGGGAUUGCCCAAGGCGGCCGUCAUCUCCCACUCCCGGUAUCUGUUUAUCGCUGCUGGCAUCCACUACACCAUGGGCUUCCGGGAGGACGACAUCUUCUACACCCCCCUGCCUUUGUACCACACCGCUGGGGGCAUCAUGUGCAUGGGUCAGUCGGUGCUCUUCGGCUCGACGGUCUCCAUUCGCAAGAAGUUCUCGGCAUCCAACUACUUUGCCGACUGCGCCAAGUACAAUGCAACAAUCGGUCAGUAUAUCGGUGAAAUGGCCCGCUACAUUCUGGCUACGAAGCCAUCGGAAUACGACCAGAAGCACCGGGUGCGCCUGGUCUUUGGCAACGGACUGCGUCCGCAGAUUUGGCCGCAGUUCGUGGAGCGCUUCAACAUCGCCAAGGUGGGCGAGUUCUACGGCGCCACGGAGGGCAACGCGAACAUCAUGAACCACGACAACACGGUGGGCGCCAUCGGCUUCGUGUCGCGCAUCCUGCCCAAGAUCUACCCGAUCUCGAUCAUUCGCGCCGAUCCGGACUCUGGAGAGCCCAUCCGGGACCAGAAUGGCCUGUGCCAGCUGUGCGCUCCGAACGAGCCGGGCGUGUUCAUCGGCAAGAUUGUCAAGGGAAAUCCCUCGCGCGAAUUCCUCGGCUACGUUGACGAAAAGGCCUCGGCCAAGAAGAUCGUGAAGGAUGUGUUCAAGCACGGCGACAUGGCCUUCCUCUCCGGCGACCUGCUGGUGGCCGACGAGAAGGGCUAUCUGUACUUCAAGGACCGAACCGGCGACACCUUCCGCUGGAAGGGCGAGAACGUGUCCACCAGCGAGGUGGAGGCGCAGGUCAGCAAUGUGGCCGGCUACAAGGACACCGUGGUCUACGGCGUGACCAUUCCGCACACCGAGGGCAGGGCCGGCAUGGCCGCCAUCUAUGAUCCCGACCGGGAGCUGGACCUCGACGUCUUCGCCGGUGGCUUGGCCAAGGUGCUGCCCGCCUACGCGCGUCCCCAGAUCAUCCGACUGCUCACCAAGGUGGACCUCACCGGCACCUUCAAGCUGCGCAAGGUGGACCUGCAGAAGGAGGGCUAUGAUCCGGCCGCGAUCAAGGACUCGCUGUACUACCAGACCUCCAAGGGGCGGUACGAACUGCUCACGCCCCAGGUGUACGACCAGGUGCAGCGCAACGAGAUCCGCUUCUAGGCGCCGCAACGUUUGAGCCUUGCCCUUUGCCCAAUAUGCUGUUAAUUAGUUUGUAAGACAACCGAGAGUCGAUUUAGAAUAGGAGAGGAGAUAACCGGGAAAUUAGGCACCAGAUCAUACAGCUUGGGAGAUUCCUCCGAAGCGCUUUUCCAUUUCAACAUUGCACUUUUAUAUAUCGUAAACGUAGUCGUAUCUGCAUUUGUGUAGAUGAUAGCCUCCUAUACGCAUUUUAAUCGUUUUUAGCCUGCUAAAGAACCUUGCUAAGUGCAAUUCCAGCUAUUGUUUAGUCAGUUUUAGUGGCAUACACACUUCCAUUCUCGCUGCGAUUGCCUGUACAUAUGAGAAGCUCUGAUGUUUUUGUAUCAAAUAAAGUUUGUUUCUUCGCCAA